ACCCAUCAUGUCGAAUCCCACCGCGACCCAGGACACCAAGGCCGAGCCUACCCAACAGCCACAGCAACAGAAGCCCCCCGUGCUGGAAGAAGACGACGAGUUCGAGGACUUCCCCGUUGAAGACUGGCCUCAGGAGGAAACCGAACAAGGCUCUGCUGCCAACGGCGCAAGCGCUCACCUGUGGGAGGAAAGCUGGGAUGAUGACGAUGCGGCCGAGGACUUCUCCAAGCAAUUGAAAGAGGAACUGAAGAAGGUCGGGGCAUCUAAAUAAUAGAAUCAAUGUUAGAUGACGGAAGGGUUGUCGGUUUUAAUUUGAGAUGAACACACACACACACACAUACACACACAUACACACACGCAAAUUCCACGAAGCAUUAAUCAACUUGAUUACACGUGCAGCUUUUUUACCCUCACGCGGCUCGUCAUCGGUAGUGGAUCGAUGAAACAAUUGUCGAUAGAAACUUAUCUUUGAGUAAAGAGAUUCGUCUGUCUGUCUGUCUGUCUGCUUUGGCGGUGCCGGUUCAGUGGCUAAGUGGCUAGCCAUGAUGCGCGCUCGUGGGAGGAUUGAUUCGUCUGCAGAGACUACGUCGUCGUCUACGGUGGGAGAUCU